AUGGCGGACCCAGCGGCUGAGGGUACAAAUAUCGGUGUCAGAAAGAGGCACUUAGGGAGCAGAAAGACAGACUCCACACCUGAGGACAGCAGCUACCGCCCAGAGUCCAGCAGAGACACAGACCGAGGGAGAGGGUUUCAGCCCCUGCAGACCGGGACUUACUGGCUUACUCGUGUCGUGCUGCUGCGCUCUGUGGCCUUUAUUUACUGUAAGUAUUUCACAUUAAUUAAAUUUUCUCAUUUAUUAUUUUUUUUCAUAACGCCCACUACCGCCAGAAAAAGACAGGCACUUAUAUUCAGUAAAUUUGCCACGGCUGAUUUGUUAUGAUGCGAAAAUAGUGGGAAAGAGAUUGUAAAACGACCACAAUGGACUCGAACUUUUUGAGCGUCCCAAAGCUGGCCCUGCAUCAGGUGAGUAUGUUGUUACUGAAGAACCUCUAAUGGGGGCAUAGAUUUGGACUGGGCUACAACAGUGCCAUGGUUCCGGGAUUUCAUAUUUUCUCCAUCUCUUCUCUUACCGGCAUCUUUCUUAGACAGUUUUUACUUUGUAAUGAGGGCUGUGGUCUCAGUUUACUGUUUCUGUUCUUGUAGCUAAUCCACUUGAACGUAUCUCACCUCUAAACAGUCCACAAUUAGAGAUUAGGAGAUGAUAAAACAGAAAAAAUUCAGCAUCUGAUAUGUCAGAUAGAUAGAUAGAUAGAUAGAUAGAUAGAUGUACUUUAUUGAUCCCAAACUGGGAAAUUCUCUUGUUACAGCAGCAAAGGGAAAAUACAAAUAGCAUUAAAUAGAAGAAGAGGUAAGUACAGUGCAGACUAAAAUGACUAAAAGUACUAAGUAUAUGCACUAAAUACAGACUAAAUAUACUAAACAUCCUAAGAGGUAAAAGUGAGAUAUGAAGAACCUGGGCUAUUGAAUGGGUAAUAAAUAGGAAAGCAAAAUAUUACAGAUGGGAUAAUAAAUAAACAAACAGACAAACAGUCUAAGGUGCUCAGUAAUGUGAUUUGGUCGGAGUUUUAAAAUGGACUAUACAGCAGACAGAUGUGAGUCCCUGUCUGACAGAUGAGAGUUAUUAAAUAGUGCAAUAGCUUGUGGCAGGAAAGAUUUCCUGUAUCAGUCCCUACGACAGCGGAGCUGCAACAGUCUGUUGGAGAAGGAGCUCCGCUGUCUGUCUAGCCUGGCCGGGCCAUCCUGUUGCGUGAAUCACUUGACGUUCCUUCCCACCACAGUCUGGACUUCGGCCCAUAGAGAGCGUGUAUUCCCGAUCAGAAAAUAACCGGGCCAAUCAGAGACCGUGUUUCCACUGUUACCCAGACAACAGGGAAAGGCAGCCCCUGAUUGGUCCAUGUGUAGUAGUGACGUCUAACAGCUGUCUCCUAACCUGGCUCGUAGUCAUGGUCAUGUGUGGGGGGGUGCUGAUGUCUCCAGGGGAGGGGGAGGAGAGGUGCUGCACAGGAAUGUUCACCACAGGGGGGAGAGGUUGAUGUGGUGAGGGAGUGUGGGGGGCUGGAUGUAUGAGGGAGGCAGAUGGCUGUGAGCUGAACCUAUUAAAGAAAGUUCAGCUCGUUGGCUCUCUCCAGGCUGCCUGAUGGUUGCCUUUGUCUCCCUUUACAUCCUGUGAUGUGCUUCAUCCUAGUCCACACAUCCCUCACAUUGUUUUGCUGAGUUUGGCCUCCAGCUUUCUCCUGUAGGCGUCUUUACCCCCUCUCAGUUUCUCCCUGAGUUCAUGCUGCACUCUCCUCAGCUCCUCUCUGUCACCGGACUUGAAAACCCUCUUCUUCUUAUUAAGGAGGGCUUUCAAGUCACUGGUGAUCCAUGGCUUGUUGUUGGGGAAGCAGCGUACAGUCUGGUUUGGGAUGGUGGAGUUUUCACAGAACCUGAUAUAUUCUGUGAUGCAGUCUGUCAUGCUGUUGAUGUCCUCCCCGUGUGGCUCACAGAGUACAUCCCAGUCCGUUGACUCAAAGCAGUCCUGCAGUGCCUCAGCAGCCUCCUCAGACCACCGCCUCAUCGUCAUUGUUUGAACAGGCUGCCUCUUAACAAUGGGGACAUACUUAGGUGUUAACAGGACCAGGUUGUGAUCUGAUCUGCCAGGGGGGGGGGGCUGUGGUGCUGUAUGCAUCACUGGUGUUUGCAUACAGCAGAUCCAGGGUUCUAUUUUUUCUGGUGUGGCAGUCAACAUACUGCUGAAAUGUUGGUAAAACUUUGUCCAGUGAGACAUGAUUAAAGUCUCCAGUAAUAACAGUGAAAGCAUUGGGCUGUUGAGUCUGUACCCUGGCAACGGUGUUGGUGAUGACGUCACAGGCCGUCGGUGCAUCAGCUGAUGGGGGGAUGUAAACAGCGAUCACAAUGGCGGACGUGAAUUCCCGGGGCAGGUUCACAGAGACGUUCCUUCACAUGCACAUGUCCGGGACUACACCACCUCUCGCUCACAUACAGUGCAAUCCCUCCUCCCUUCUUCUUACCACUGCUAAUAACGUCUCUGUCCGCCCAAACAACGCUGAAGCCGGGUGCCGCCAGGCUAUGGUCUGGGAUAUGUGAGUGCAGCCAAGUCUCAGUGAAACAAAAAACGCUACACUCACGGUAUUCCCUCUGAGUCUUAAUCAGUGGGGCGAGCUCGUCCGUUUUAUUCCCCAAAGACCUCACGUUCCCUGUGAUAAUCGCUUGUACAACUGUGCAGUGUAGGUCACACUUAAACUUUGCCCUAAAGCCUGACUAAAGAUGUCGCAGACCAGAGAAACAGCACAUAAACCUUGUAGAAGUAUUGUACUCUGACCGAACUGAACAUGAAGAGAUUAAAGGAUCGUUGACCAUUUUCAUCUGUGAAAUCAUUUUACUGGCCGUAUAUCAAAAAUACCUUAUGAUCUCUACUUUUUGGCAGUGGUGCACUACUGUGCAGAUCUAAGCAUAAUCAUGGUCACUGCAUUAUCUAGCCCACUGCUAGAUGGUGUUCACCUUCUGUUAUCUCAUCCUCAGCCUCUUGAAGUCCUCUUUACCCGUCCAGACAUCUUAGGGAUUCUCUAAAGCAGUGUUUUUCAACCAGUGUGCCGUGGCACACAAGUGUUGUGACAGAUAGUCAGGUGUACCCAACUUCAGUCAGGUGUAUUAUCCAAUUUUACUUUAUUGGUCUAUAUAUUUUUUUUAAUUACGUAUUAUAUGCAAAUAAUAUGCCCUUAUAAGUGUCUGUGCUGUAAUCUACAGCCCCAGGUUUCUGACUCACCCCAGGGUGAGUAUGAAUUGAUUGAGAGACAAUAUAUAUAUAUAUAUAUAUAUAUUAGUGUAUAAACCUGUAUCUGGGGCUACCAAGUGUCAUUGAGUAACAUUUUUGCUUGGUGGUGUGCCUCGUAAUUAUUUUCAAUGAAAAAAAUGUACCAUGGCUCAAGAAAGGCUGAAAAACACUGCUCGAAAGGAUUAAAAUUAUUUGAAACAAAUUUGUUUUACUCAGAUGUAGCCUUAACUGAGGGACGUUUUCGAGAAACAGUGAGAUUUUAACACUUUGGACCAGAAUAUAUUAUAGUAUUCAAGCUUUCAGAAGAGGGAUGUGUGUAUAGCACAUCACCACAGUCUGGCACAGACAUGAAAGAGUCGGAGACCAGUCUUUUAGAGACUGGGACAAAAGGCUGGAUUCAGGUGUCAAGCAUCAAAAUAUCUUAGUCCUUGAGCCGGACCAGAUGUUGGUACCACUUGGGUGGACAAAACCUUACAUAUACUAAAUUGUUUUUAGGGUCAAUAUAAGUAAAUUAAAAUAUGAUAGACUUUUCAUAGGGGUAGCUUUUUAUAUUUUUUCUCAUUUUGUUAUUUUCCUCAAUAGGCGAAUUUUUGUUAACUCCAAAAGCAACACAGAAAGUCAAAAGCACAUUAAAAGUCAUACUUUUUCGGGUCACACUGCUCUUUUCUACAAAUGAAUCAAACCUGUGUUUAAUUAAAUGAGUUGAUGAAGUGGGAGUGGCCCAAUUUGAUGGUGGAGCAGUUCUUUCAUGUAUCAUAGCACUUGAGCCAAGAACCAAAAUUUCAUAUAUCAGUACCACCUGGGUGGGCAACUUCUAGUUGUGAUUUUUUUAUUGCUAUAUAUCCCUACAAUAAGUUUUUAUAUGAUAGACCUUGGUAACUGGUAGCUUUAUUGUAGUUAUCACUCAUUGAAGUAAUAGAGUGCAGCUGUUCAAAAAUGAAAAAUCGCCUUCCUUCAAAAUUAGCUUUCUUUCAUUUUAACCUCUCAUUUAGGUGUGUUUGAACUAUUGGCUAGCCAUAGAGACUUGUAAUAACCCCCUAAGUAGUAUUUCAAGUAAUUUAUCUAAUACAGGUGUGUAUAUAUAAGCUUCAAUUAGCCAAUCGUCAGGUCUAAAUCACGGUCUAAAUUAAGGAUAUUUUUUUACUUAGAAGUAGAAGUAAAGUAAGUGCAGACUAAUAGCAUUAUAAUAACACAACUUUAAUUUGACACUGACAACACUAAGAUAUAGGUUACCAACCAUUUUACCCAAGUCGGACAUAAUGUAACCCUCAUAAAUACCAGAAUAUUAGGAUUCCGUGACUGAAAUAUGGUACAAGGAAGCCAAUAAGUUAGUCCAUGGGUCCAAAUUUGAAUUCUGCAUAGUGGAAAAUGUUCAAGUUCAAGUUCAUCCAAAUAGGACAAGUCUAUGGAAUUUUAUUGCAAAAUGCAAUAUUACUGUAAGGAGUAUGUGUGCCAAUUUUGGUGCUUUUAUCCGCAAGUGAACGAUUAUUACCGUUAUCUGCCCAGCUACCAGCCAGGAUGAUUGUAUAUUGAGUUCCUGCAUUUUUGAACAGCUGCACUCUAUUACUUCAAUGAGUGAUAACUACAAUAAAGCUACCAGUUACCAAGGUCUAUCAUAUAAAAACUUAUUGUAGGGAUGUAUAGUAAUAAAAAAAUCUAGAAAAAACUAGAAUUUGCCCACCCAAGUGGUACCGAUAUGUGAAAUUUUGGUUCUUGGCUCAAGUACUAUCUGUACUGAGACACAAAUUUAGUCUACCUUCAGAAGUUGGAGCUGAAGGCGGAUUUGUUGGUUUUGACUUUUCAUGUGAGAAACCCAUGACUGUCUAUGUUCAAAACAAGUUGAAAUAAUACAAAUGUUGUUGAGCACUGGCCACACAGUUAGCAUUUGCAGUUUAACACAGAAUUCAAAACAAGUAUUAAAUAACCUUUAUAUAUUAAAUCUUUCUUAUUUUUUUUCAUCCUUUUAGUUGUGGCAUUUGGCAUUGCUUACAACCAGAACAAGCAGCUGAUAGGAGAACAUGGCCUAAUGUCCUGCAAGAACUACCUCAACAGUGUGAAACGUUAUGUUGGGGGGAAGAUAGGCUUGGCAGCCUUUGCGUACACACCUUCCAUCCUCUGGUUACUAGACUGGAGCAAUAUGGAUGCCAACCUGGAUGGUCUUGCCCUGGUAGGAAUGGCACUAUCUGCAUUUGUCCUUGUGAUGGGGAUGGCCAACAUGGUGAUCAUGGUUACGCUAUGGGUGCUGUACCACUCCCUGGUCAACGUUGGACAGCUCUGGUGAGUGUGGUUAAUACAUGAUGUUAAAAAUACUUAAACAAGUUGGCUUAAAAGAAUGUGAUUUAAAAAUCUGGAACACUGUACAUAGUAAUUCUUAAAGCAGUUUGUGAAAUCUCCAUGUGAGGGGCUGGAAAAACGGUGACAAAUUCUGGAAGUUGCAGUUUUAUUAAGCCAAUUUGGGUUCAGUUAAAAAAUGAAGACCAAAUGACUCUUGUCCAGAAAAAGUAUAAGCAAAUAAAAACUGUAAAAGUAAGAAAUAAAUGUAGUUUUUUUAAACAUUGCUUAAGUACCAACUGUUUAGUCUUAACCUACAAUAUUACUCAGAAAGAGGAGUAUUUAUAUGUAUAAGCUAGCUUAUAAAACUAAGACGUGUUUAAAGGGAUAUUCUGGCGUAAAAUUGAGUUAGAUUAAUAUCCCUUUAAGUCAUGCUGAUGUGAUCGGAAGAAAUAUCAAGUUAACUAACAUCCCAUGUGCCCUCCAACACAGGUGUCCUCUACAUGUCACCAAGUUCUUAGUCAACUUCAUAGACUGUCCAGUGUCUGUUAUAUACACAGUGGAGAAUGCAGCUGUAUAUUCUUGCAGCAUGAGAAAGAUAUAUUUAAAAUUAUGUAUGUUAUAUAAGCGUUUAUACCUAUUUUUCCAUCAGCAUGGAAUUAUUUUCCACUGUGUGCAUGAUGGAUGUUCCAUGGUGAAUGUGAUGUACCUCUGUAGCUACUAUACUGUGAACACCUAGAUUUAUCUGCUGUUUGCAGGGACAGCAAUAAAGCUAAGUGACUAAAUAAAGGUCUGGCCCAGUCCUUCCCACACAUAAUCACUUAAUCAGAAAAUGGGGGGAAUAAGCACAUUUAGACAGCCUUAUUAGAGGGGCUUGGAAUUAAGCUCUGAUAAGCAGUGAACGGCAGUUUCUAAAAUAAACAGACCCCCCAAAAAACAGUCAGCCAACCAAAACCAAAAUUAGUGGGCAUAUGCAAGCCACUUUUUACUAUUUUCUAUUGUGUUGAUCUCCCCCCCCCCCCCCUCUCUCUCUCGCCCCCCCCCCCCCUCUCUCUCUCGCUUGCUCGCUCUCUCAGGUACUCCUUUGGUAAGUGAAUUGGUCCACAUGGAGUUUUCUCUGUUUUCCACCGUAAUUCCUGGACUGCUUUCCAUUGUCCUCUAAACCAAAAAGUAAGGAUUGUAAGCUUUAGUCAGGCAUUUUUGAGCCUUUGUAAUCCAACUUUUGCACCGUACUUUCAUGGGGUAUAAAUGACUUUUGGGGUGUCACAGUCCCAAAGGCUUCAGCCGUAUUCUCUAAUACUUAUACUGUAAUACUGUUUUUGGUGUAGUGCUUUUCUCUGUCAGUUUUUCUCCAGUAUUUUCUUCAGUAGUUUCGGGACAGUUACUGUAGUUCAGCAACUGCAGUCUCUUGUAAAUGUGCUGUCUAUGGCUUUUUUUCUUGGCAAACCUUAACAGAAGUAAAAGGAAAACACUUAAAAUAGGAAGAUGCAUUAUGCUUUGGUCUGCUGUAAACAGCUGUGGCUUUUCUUUUUCUUUUUUUUUUCUUCCACUCUCAUAACCUUCUCCAAAGCUUUCUGUUUUCCUAUAUGAACAUAGUAUCAUCCUGUGGGUGACACCUCCACUUUGACUCUGCAGACAGAUCUCCUUUUUUCUGAGGUCUAGACGCAACAAAGCAAGGCCAUACAUUAAUACAAAAUAGGACGAGCAUUGUGAGUGUUGUCAAAGUGCCUUCUUUAAGAAUAGCUGCAUUGCUAUAAAAUACCCCUGACAUACCUGGACCUAACUCAGAUUUUUAUCUCAAACAUAAGCCGUCAUCAGUGAUGACAGUGUAGUUUGUAAUUUCUGGGUCUAGGUUUUGAUGGCUUGACAACUGAUAUUUAAUGAUUCUGAGAGGAUGGCAUCUAUGGAGCCAGAUCAGGCUCAAAAGUAUUGAAAAAGUAGUGUAAGUGAAAAAAUAAAAAGUGAAGUGAAAAAAUAAGAUUUGAACCUGAAAAAAAAAAAAGGUACCUGAAAGUCUUGAAUUUCGAAAUUGAACUUUGAAAAAACACCAGAAUGCAUGAAAAAAAUCUGUUCAAAUGUAACUUUGAUUCUGUUUUUUAAUACUUUUGAAUAAAUUACUUGUUUCUAUUUUUCACUUCAAUGUAUAUUUCAAUCUUUGAGUACUUUUUUUUUUUUUCGAUUGAAUUUUAUUUAUUUAUUUCAGAUUCAGAUCUUAUUUUUAUGGAUUCAAAACUUUUUUUUCGGUUUCAGAUUUUUUUUUCAGAUUCAGAUCUUUUUUCAGAUUCAACUUGAAAAGUUUCAGGUUCACUUUUGAGCCCGUUUUUCCGUGGGGGCAGGCCUCGACUGAGAGGGGCGCGGUCUGCCAUGAGUGACAGGCCUCCCCAUCCUUCCCCACCCCAUCACUCUGCGUUCAGGAAGUGGCAUGAAUACACAUUAGCUUAGCCUACAAUUAGGCUGUAUUGGCUGAAUGAGAUCGUGUUGGUUCGUUCCACUUUAGUGGUGCGAUAUAAACUGUGAUUCAUAAAACAGCUCUAUUGAUAGUAAGUACUAAAAAAAUAUAUCUACUCAUGUCAUCCAGUCGAUUUUUAGUAAUCAGUGUUUCGGUGUCGAACUAUUUCCUUUCUGCGGUGUAUAGGCUGUAUUGGGACAGAGGAAAAAGUGCUUAGAAAGUGAAUCUCGUUCCACUUCAGUGGGGAAACAUAAACUGUGAUUCAUAAAAAAGCUCUAUUGAUAGUAAGUACUAAAAAAAUAUCUACUCAUGUCAUCCUGUCGAUUUUUAGUAAUCAGUGUUUCGGUGUCGAACUAUUUCCCUUCUGCGGCGUAGUGCUACUUGCACAUGCGCAAUCGAAUAUGCAGGGGGUGAAGCGAUUUUUGUCAUGUCGACCAAUAGGAGCCGAGUCUCGUUGCCAUAGUAUCAGAAAUACACAAACAUGGCGACGACCACAUCUCGCAGCGAGACAAGCGAAGAGGAAGAAAAGAAAAGGAACAAAAGAAAACAGCCUUCAAAAGUGCAUAAAAAGGAGCGAAACGAUGCUAUAUGCAUCUAUCAUCUGUCCAGAGUGAGGACGUUCUCGACUUUACAAGGACACGUCGGGAAACUUACAGAACUAGUAUUAGAAAGUGGCUUUCUCUACAGGGUGAGACAAAGGACCUUGCAGAAACUUAUAAACUUUACGUUGAUAUCGACUUUGACAAUGUUCCUGAUGACGCUGGGUUUCACAUAACAUGCUACCAGCGAUUUAUUUGCUAAAGGGGUUUGAGAAACAAUAACGUGAUGCAGCCGCGGAUGGUAUGAAUGAAUGGUAUUGUCUAUGCAAAAAUGCAUUGAACAAGUAGCACCAGCGUAUUUGAACGAAAUUCACUUUCUAGGCACUUUUUCCUUUGUCCCAAUACAGCCUAAAACCUCGAGCGAAGUUUCUUUCGUGGAGUUUCAGAUGCCAUGGACGUGGAUGCAUCGGCGAUGCUGCGUUAAGGGUUUGACUGACCCGUGGCUGCAUAACGUUCUUGUUUCUCAAACCCCUUUUGCAAAUAAAUCGCUGGUAGCAUGUUAUGUGAAACCCAGCGUCAUCAGGAACAUUGUCAAAGUCGAUAUUAACGCAAAGUUUAUAAGUUUCUGCAAGGUCCUUUGUCACACCCUGUAGAGAAAGCCAUUUUCUAAUACUAGUUCUGUAAGUUUCCCGACGUGUCCUUGUAAAGUCGAGAACGUCUUCACUCUGGACAGAUGAUAGAUGCAUAUAGCAUCGUUUCGCUCCUUUUUAUGCACUUUUGAAGGCUGUUUUCUUUUGUUCCUUUUCUUUUCUUCCUCUUCGCUUGUCUCGCUGCGAGAUGCGGUCGUCGCCAUGUUUGUGUAUUUCUGAUACUAUGGCAACGAGACUCGUCUCCUUUUGGUGGACGUGACAAAAAUCGCUUCACCCCCUGCAUAUUCGAUUGCGCGUGUGCAAGUAUCACUACGCCGCAGAAGGGAAAUAGUUUGACACCGAAACACUGAUUACUAAAAAUCGACAGGAUGACAUGAGUAGAUAUAUUUUUUUAGUACUUACUAUCAAUAGAGCUUUUUAAUGAAUCACAGUUUAUAUCGAUCCACUAAAGUGGAACGAACCAACACGAUCUCAUUCAGCCAAUACAGCCUAAUUGUAGGCUAACCUAAUGUGUUAAUCCAUGCCACUUCCUGAACGCAGAGUGAUGGGGUGGGGAAGGAUGGGGAGGCCUGUCACUCAUGGCAGACCGCGCCCCUCUCAGUCGAGGCCCUGCCCCCACGGAAAAACAGGCUCAAAAGUGAACCUGAAACUUUUCAAGUUGAAUCUGAAAAAAGAUCUGAAUCUGCAAAAAAAAAAUCUGAAACCGAAAAAAAAGUUUUGAAUCCGUAAAAAUAAGAUCUGAAUCUGAAAUAAAUAAAUAAAAUUCAAUUGAAAAAAAAAAAAGUACUCAAAGAUCGAAAUAUACAUUGAAGUGAAAAAUAGAAAUAAGUAAUUUAUUCAAAAGUAUUAAAAAACAGAAUCAAAGUUACAUUUGAACAGAUUUUUUUCAUGCAUUCUGGUGUUUUUUCAAAGUUCAAUUUCGAAAUUCAAGACUUUCAGGUACCAUUUUUUUUUUUCAGGUUCAAAUCUUAUUUUUUCACUUCACUUUUUAUUUUUUCACUUACACUACUUUUUCAAUACUUUUGAGCCUGAUCUGGCUCCAUAGGCAUCCAGCUCAAUGACUUUUUUCAGCCCAUGAUAUCUUGCUGUGCCAUACCAAGCUUAAAAUUUGACAUUUUGGGUGAAAAGUCUCAUUGUCAAAUAUAUUGGCAUUAGAUUUGGUGCAAUUAAGUGAUUGUCAAAGUUGGAAUCCUUAAUAGUUAACAAAUUUCUAUUGAUGCUGCAAAUGUGAUGAUUUUUCCAGGUUGGGAGAGUCAGCUUCUGGAGACAGGGUUCUUAGCCAUUUUCUUAUGCCCAGUAUGGACUUUGUCCCAGGUUCCUCGCCACUGCCCCCCCUCCCUUAUCUGCAUCUGGACCUUCAGGUGGCUGAUUGUUCGCAUCAUGCUGGGAGCUGUGAGUAAAACAUUGAGAUGACUUUAAAGGGAUAUUCCGGCGUAUAACUAAGUUAGGGCCAAACACACUGUAACACCCAGUCAGACACCCCAUCAAGAGAUGAAUGUUGCCGAAUGCUUGCCUCUCUUGUUAUACCAACUUUAGUAACGACCGCAUAAUAGCAAUACAGAGAGCCACACACUCAACCAAAAAGCCACUCUGUAGCCAUAAAUAAUGCUCAGAACAGCACCUAACUUCAUCAACACUACAUGUAAGGUCCCAGCCAUUACACAAGCCACCAAAAAUUGUUUUAACUUUGCAUAAUUUCUUUAGCUAAGAGAUUAAACACAACUCACCCACUCUCUUUCAGCAGCCGCUUGCUUGCAUGGGGACCCCCGGGUGGAUCCAUCGACUGCAGCGGGGGGCCACAGCUCAAAGAAGAACAUUUAUGAUCAUUACUUUAUCAUUUCCUUGAAGUAAUUAUCAUCAUAAUAAUCAAUUUGCACUGCAGAUGUGGUAGUUCUCCUGCCUUAGCGUCUUAGUCUGAUUGCAUCCAUGAGGAAAUUAUCAUAAAUGUUCUUCCUUGAGCUGCGUCACCUUGCUGCAGUUGAUGGACUCACCCGGAGGUCCCCAUUUCUUUUAAAUAUUAGACACUAAAUGCAAGCAAUCAAAACAGCAACUUAUAAUGUGAAUGGUCCAGGUAACCCUAUGAAAAGAAGAUUUUGACAGAACUAAAAAGAGACAAAGUUUAGGUGGUGUUUUUGCAAGAAACCUAUCUUUCAGACACAGAGCAUGCUAAAUUAAAAAGAAUGGGCUUUAGGUAUCAUUUCUCAUUGAUAACUUUGCUGAAUAUAUGUGCCCCCCCCCCAUUCUGAUUUGAGUUAUCUUAGUCAAACAUUUGAAUUGAUUAUAGCAGAAUCUCAAGGUGUACUAAUUUGUGGUGGUGGUGGUGGUGGUGGUGUCUCAAUACAAGACUAGAAAAAUUGCAUUUCCUUGCAGAAAAUGCGUGGAAAUACUGAGUGGUGAAAGCCGAAAAAGCAAUGCAAAACUGCCAAUAAAAAAUGGAGGAAGGUAUGAAUGGAAAAACUGGUGAAAAGGUGGAGUAGAAGAAGAAGAAAUUGUAUGAAUGGAAGAAUUGUAGUAUAGCUGAAGGUAAAUAGUUAAUAUUGGGGGUGUAUUUUCAACUGACAGAGAGACAGUAAUGCACACAUGGAAACAGUGUGUGUGCCCGCGUGCACGCGGCCGAGCCCAUGCGUGUGCAUGUGUGUGUGUGAUCAAAGCACACAGCCCAUGACAAGUGCUGAUAUCGCAAAUGAAAAUACACCCCCAAUAUUAACUAUUAUAUAUAUAUAUAUAUAUAUAUAUAUAUAUAUAUAUAUAUAUAUAUACAGAUUUUUCUGGAAUCUUCUGGAGCGCUGUACAUAUUUGGCUGGAAAGGUGCUACGAUGACACUCUGCUUGAACUACGUCUGUGUCUCAAUUCAGAGACUGCAUAUCGCACUGCUGUUAUGUGGACUUGAGUACCCUGAGCGAGCUGGUCUGGUUUUUGUGAAUUAGGACAGUCUACACUUCGGAAGGCUUCCUGGUUGAGUCGCCAAAUGUCCCUGCCCUCAGGCUCGCUUCACAACUGACCUGAAGAAAAGCCGCGGAGCAAAGCAGUUAUUUUUUAAUUGUGGGACCUUGCACAAACACAAAUCAAUAGAUACAUACAAGCACAGACCAUUUCCACAAAAUUCAUCCAAUGAUUGCAUGGUUUGUAUGAAGGAGUAUGAGGGCCAUAUUGAGAAUUUUUUAAAAGACUUUAAUAUUAAAGUCAUAAAUUUACGAAAAUAAAGUCAUUAAUUUUUUAGAUUAAAGUCGUUAAUAUAUCAGAAUAAAGUCGCAAGGUUACCUGUUAUUUCAAACGAGAGUUGUUAAAAUUAGGGCCAUGAAGCAUUUGAAGAAACGGUGCUUCAGUAUAGGUUUCACAAACAAGGAGAUUCUUCAUCCUUUGGCACAUCAGCAUUACAUUGUCAUUAGUAUGAGGACUUUAAAAAGAAUAUAUGAAAAAAAUUGGUCUCCCCUCUGGAUCACAAAUGUUGAUCAUCAAUUUGUUUGUUUUUUGAAAAACCACAAAAACUCUCUGAAUGGCCUGUGGAUGAAUUCAACGAUAACUCUGCAGUUGACCACCUCCAGACAUUUCCCCCUCCACAAAAGCAGCUUUAUGACUUUAUUAACUUUAUGACUUUAUUCUUCUAAGUUUACAACUUUAAUUUCUAAGUCUUUAAAAAACAUCUCGAUGUGGCCCUGUUACUCCGAUGUAGUUUUCGCAGCUUUCUUAUUUUUAAUGUUUUUGAUUGUGGUAGCAGACUGGAUCAGUUCGUCACUAAAGAGUAUAAUAUUUGGUUUGCAGAUUUGAGUGAGUUCAGAGAUCAUGCGCUCAUGAAGCCUGAGCUGACUGUAUGUGUUUUUGGAUUUCUUUUAUUCUCUAGAAGACGCGCUGCGUCUCCAAGCGAGUCCGGCCUCUCACCCGAAAUGCGCAGCUGUGCAGUGGCACGCAAAGAAGUCUGGGAUACCAAGGCCACGAAAAUAUGGAUAAAUGCACACUUGAAAAAGGGGCGGGGGCAGGGUGGUUGUGGGACCGCAUUUGAAGCACACUCAGAAUCAUGAGCCAUAUGGGACACCGUUAGCGCCGCGUGAUGACACCACGCAAACUUGAAAUUUGCCGUUUGACGGUGUAGUCUCUGAAUUGAGACACAGCCUAUGUAUCCCCAGGAUGAGCUACAUAAUAUUCAUACACCCAUAGGCUGUAUCAAUUGUCAAUCAUAGAAAACAUGAACCUCUUAUAACUUGGAUUUGAGCACAAACCAGUUUUACAAUAACUACAUGUCAACAUCGCAACCAAGGGGGAGAAAAUUUUAUAUUCUGUGUAAUUAAAUUUUUAAGUUUGUCCACAACUCCAUUAAGAUGGCUGGAGGAGGCGGGAUUUAUGACCUAUACCGUAGCCAGAGGGUACUGUUCUCGCAGAGGCCUCAACUAGCAAGGAGGCGGAUGACAUCCAUUCUAUACACAGUCUAUGGUCCAGCCUCUGUGUCCAGCUCUGGCCCUUAUUGAAAUGUAUAGUUAAUAUGGUGAUUUAAGUAAAGUAAACAAACUUCAAUAGAAGCUAACAAAAGCUAUUUAAUGCUGAUGCUUUUGUGUUGCCUAUAAAGUAGACAAGACAAUUACAGGAUAAAUUACUUUUGUGAGUGACUGUUACCCCUACACUUGAUUUUUUGCUUGUUUUGCUGGAUUUAACAGUGCCUGAAUUCCAAAAUGCUUGCAUGACAUGAUGCUUCUUAUUUGCUUCAGGGUCUCAUUAAAAUCAGAGGGGACAAAUGCUGGAGAGACCUAACAUGCAUGGACUAUCAUUAUGAGGUAUGUACAUAUUUUGCAUUCCCUUAUGAGAGCUUUGUUAUAUAACCAUUAUUGUUUAUACAGCAUUUUCAAGUUAACAAACCACUAGCAGUGUUUAGACUUUCACAUUUACCCUUUCAGACACUCACAUUUGUACACUGAUGACGUCCCUAGUUUCCCCAUCAAAAUUUAAAAAGAAAAUGUGAAAGACAACAGGUUCUACCUCUUAUCCACAACUUCUAAACCAAAACAAAAGGUUUAAACUCAAGAAGUGAGGCAGGGAAGGAGUUAAAGUUCUCAAACAAUGGCAAGAUUGUAAUUAAUUCACACCAGGCUUGCUCACCAGGGUCAGCCCAAUUACAGUGGGCACAGUUAAUGCUUUCAUUUUAAGUAUUUCACAACAACUGUCAAUUGAAUCUUAAAUUUGUUCUUCUUUACCUGACGUUUAACUGGGCAGAAGUGUUUCGUCAUUGAUUUGUGUGUAUGUUAGACUGAGAACAGGCAGAAAUUCAUACACAUGUGGAGUUUCAUAGAACUAGAUUUGUUUAAAAGCAGCUAGACAAGAGUUUUAAGGAAUGAUUAAACAGAGUUCAGAGUUACAUAUCAUGAACUCGCUGCAUGCUGGGUCAAAGAUGUGCUUUGGUGUAAUUAGCCUAUAGUCUUGAAGAUCAUUUUGCACACAAAAACACACACAAAAACACACACACACACACACACACACACACACACACACACACACACACACACACACACACACACACACACACACACAUACACAUACAGCAUCAGAAGCUCCUGGUAUCUAAUUUAAUUCUUUGGAGAAGCUAUGAGCUUCUUUCCCCUGCUGACUCUCAGGAUGCUGAGUAUGUGAAUGUUGGCACUGUAGUGUUUGUUUGGUAUAAUGCAGCUGGUUUACAGGAGCAAGGUGGGUUAUUUGGAUAAGUGAGGUAACAGGCUUCUAUCCUUGGGAUUUUCAUGGGUGUUUUAGGUUUAGGUGUGCCUGCCUUCAUACCUUCAUACCUUCAUAACUGUCCAAGCUGGAAUGAAAAAGGAAAUCGAUUCGCCCAAGGUGUGGCACAAUAAGAUGUCCAUGUAGAUUCUACAAGCACAGCCUUUUAGGACUGUGCUGUACAUUUGGAGGCAGAUGGGUGUCUCAACGUUGAAGUGUACAGGACACUCAGAAAUCAGAACACUCAACCACCGGGCUGAGAACAUUCCCACAACGAAAGCUGGCGCACACACGCACACAGACACACACACACACAGACUUACUGACACAGUGCGGAGCAAAUGGUUUGAAUGAUGAAACAACAGCUUUGCUCUCUAAUCCCAACGCAACAGCCCCAGUGUGGGAACAUUUCGGUUUCAAAUACAAUGAAAGAGGUGAGCCCACGAACACAGACGAUAUGUCGCAUUUGUUCGAAAGUUUUGGUGACAAAGAAGGGGAAUACGACGAACAUGCAUGUGCACCUCAAGCACAUGCAUGUUGAGGUGCGCAUGCAUGUUCUUUGUUGACCUGUUGAGGAAUAGCAACGAAAGCUAAUUAUUUAGUGCAAUUUUGUUUACAGACUCGAGACUCCACUUUAUUUAUUGUUUUUAAUUUGGGGCAGCAGUAGCUCAGGAGGUAGAGCGGUCGUCCAAUAACCGGAAGGUUGGCGGUUCGAUUCCCCCCUAAUCCAAGUCUGUCCGUUGUGUCCUUGGGCAAGACACUUAACCCACCUUGCUCCCAGUGUGUGUCCUCCACUGGUGUAUGAUUGUGAGUGUUGUGUGGUGGUGGUCGGAGAGGCCGUAGGCGCAGAAUGGCAGCCACGUUUCCGUCAGUCUGCCCCAGGGCAGCUGUGACUACUAAGGUAGUUUACCACCACCAAAGUGUGACUGUGUGAGUGAAUGAAUGAUGUAUCCAUUGUAAAGCGCUUUGAGGGUCUCUGAUAAAGCGCUAUAUGAAAUCUGAUGCAUUGUUAUUGUUUAUUAUUAUUAUUAAUAGUUAUGUGUGGAGUGACGUUUUUGUUCCGUACCAGAGACGAGGUCUAUUUUUUUAUUGUUUGUAGUUGUGAUUGUGGUUUUUAUUUGAAUGCAGUUUUUGAUAAAACAGAAUGUGGGUCCAUUUUAUUUUCAUUGUUUUUUGGUUGUCUUGUUUGUUUAUUAUAUUUGUUCAUCCUGGUUCAAAGUUCUUAAUCUUGAGCAAUUAAAGUUUAUUGCUUUUGACAUGGUGUACUCGCAUUAUUAUGCCAUAUAUUAUCAUUAUCUAUAUAAUUUAAAAAACGGUGUCAAUAAUAUUGUUUAUCGGCAAUAAUUUGUAGCACAAUUAUCGUCCAGCAAAAUUUGUUAUCGUGACAGGCCUACUCUUGUAUAAGAGGCAAAACGUCUUCUCAACUCUACACAGUCCAGUUGCCUGAUUUCUGAAUCUUCAAGAAGAGGCACAAUAAGAUGCCUUUCUUGUCAUGACUGUACAUUUAUAUUUUAUGUUCUCCCAUCUUUACUCAGACCCAACCAGUACCUAACCCAAUGUCAUACUACAUGCACCACUUCCCUUGGUGGUUUCAUCGCUUUGAGACGAUGUCCAACCACCUCAUCGAGCUUGUUUUUCCAUUCUUCACUUUAUUUGGAAGAAGGAUGUGCAUGGUCAAUGGUGCAGUCCAGAUUCUUUUCCAGGUGACCUACCCUGCACACCAACUCACACUUGAUUACCAGUCCAGUAGACCUUGCAAGGAUCCAUAGUAUUUCUCAGAGAUAGGAAUUGUGGAGUCACCAAGUCAUCUCCAUGCUAUGUAUUUGUUCUGCUCAGUUACUGAACCAGGUGCCUUCACUAAUGAGCUCACCUUCCUGGCUGCUCAUUGGAAGCAGCUGGUUCAGUGACAGAGCAGAAUAAAUACAUGGCAUGGAGAUGACUUGGUGACUCCACAAUUCCAAUCUCUGGUAUUUCCACAUAUUCAGACUUAAAUCCAGCAUUUUACUCAUAAGAAGCAAAAUGACAGUCCUUGAAUGUGGAGACAUCAGAUACUGUCAAAAACUGGUCAAGAAACCUGGUAUCCACCUGAAGUACUGAGGAAAAAUAAGGGUAGACAGCUCAGCCCUAAAUAAGAUCAGUCAAUAUAAAGUGGUAUAAUGCAUGUAGCUAAAGGCAUCUCUUUGUUUGUCUAAUUUAUCUAUUUACCUUUUUCUGAUAUUUAUCAUGCAGCUACAAACUGUAAUAUGUGACAGUGAAAAUCAGUAAUUCCACAAUUGUACUGUGCAUUGCAUUUUAACACAGUGCCCAAUAACUCAAGGUUUUUUAUUUUUAUUUUGAUAAAAAUUUUAAUUUUCCUCAACCCUCGAGAAACACCUAAUCCUGCAUUUUAUUUAAAAUCAUGAUUAUUUCAAAUUUGCAAAGGUUCUUAAGUUAAAAAAAGAAGCAGCAUCACCUUAUUACUGUUUUUAGUGUAGUUUACUUUGAUAGAAAGUUCAAAGUUUUCAACAGCUUUCAUGGUUUUAUUGCAUUUAUCUAUUACAUUGCAUAAUCUACCACUGUACACUUGCAUUCAGUGUGAGCAUUGUGGAAUUUUAGAGCUUGUUUUUGUCAGUUAUGUUUAAACAUCUUAACAAAAUUUCAUUGAAAUUCCUCUGAUUACCUCAUCAAUACAAAAGUUGAUAAAGGUGUCUAUACUGACUGUGAGUCUUUGUUUUCUGACUGUCUCCCGUGCACUAGGUUGUUCUGAUAGUGAGUGGGAACCUCAGUUUCCUAAACUGGCUCACCAUUGUUCCAAGUCUGGCAUGUUUUGACGACACCUCACUGGGCUUUAUGUUUCACUCUGGAAGUCAAGCUAGGACAGCAGUCUUCGAAAUUCAGAAUGAGAAUAAAGGAAAAGGCACACCAAAACCCACUAAAGGUAUCAAAGUCUAAAUCAAUUUAUCUUUUUAUAGCAUAUUUAAAAACAACCACUGUUGGCCAAAGUGUUUUAUGAAGUUCAAAGUAACAAAAUCUUCAUCUCCACGGGAAGGCCAAAGAAAAGAGAUGGUCUUAGGUCAUGAAAUGCUCAAUAGCAGGAGUUCUACAAUCAGUCAGGUCGGGAAAUAUAAUGCCAAAUGAAGCCUUAGUUUUCAAGUGGAACUGGUGGGGGGCUGCCUCCUUAAGAGAGACCUUACUUCCUGUCAUGUGACAAAUAAUAUUGCACAUGAAUUGGUUGGUAUAACUAGAGAAGCAAGCAGUCAGCAACAUUCAUCUCUUGAGGGGGUGUCUAACUUGGUGUUACAGUGUGUUUUACCCUUACUUAAUUUCUAGCUGGAAUAUGCCUUUAAGGGUAAUUAGUAUAGGGGGCAGUUUUUCUAUAAAAAGUAUUUUCUCUAUCAUUCGGCAACACAGUUUCAUGGGCAGUGACAAGAUAAAUAUACAGAUUUUUUUUUUUUUUGAAUGGAACUAGACACAAUUAUGUGUUUAAACCUGGUGACUACUGUUUUCCCAUGACUAAAUAUUCUUCCUUCUCACUGAUGUCAAUAUUGCUCGGUAUCACUACAUCUAUCACUACCACUCACUUCUGAUACUUAUCAACCAGCACAAUUUCAGGCUGGUUAACUCUCAGUGUCAGUUUGGAUCUGGAAAUCUCACAGGACUUUGGCUCUCUUGUUCUCCACCACCUUGAAAGGCAUCUUUCAUCUUGACCCUGAGACGUCCAGUCCAUAUUCGGCAUAGAUGUUUCCGUAACACUAUACCAGCUACCUGGUUGUGCCAUUCCAUGAAUGCCUUGACUGCCAGCAUCUUACACCCUACUGCGAUGUGCUGUACUGUCCUCGUGUUGAGGGCCUGUUCUUGUGCAGCCAUGAUUAGGGCCUCUGUGCUGUCUUUCAGUCCAGCCUUCUCCAGCCAUGGGUAUGUUCUCCCAAUCUCAGCCACUUCUUCAAUUAGAUGAUUGUCUUCCCAUGAUACCCUCUCUGGCUCUUCCUCCUCCUUACUGGUCUUUUGUUGCCUGAGGCAUUCACUUAGCAGGUCAUCACUUUUUGCUUUGUGUACAGUCUCAGGAUGCUGGAAUUAUAAAAGUGGGGUAACUGAUUACUGGCAGGGCAUAGGUAUUAAUGGCCUGGAUCUUACUCUUUCCAUUCCGCUAACUCUUCAGGACCUGUCUCACCCUCUCUGUAUGUGGCUGUUGCUGCCCUCCAUACCGCCAUUUGCCUGUAGGACAGUUGUAGCACAGGUUGGUCUUCCUGGACCUACGAUCCAGGGAGUCAUGUACUGAAUCAUGUAUUUAUUCAUGUGCCCAACCAUCUUAGCUGCUAUGAUGCCUGAGAGGAGCUUCCAUGUGGUGCUGAGGCAGGUUAUAGCUAUUUGAUGAUGUCAUUCCCCUCUGAGGGUUGUUCAUGAUGAGGACUGUCUGGCUUUGGGUAAGCCUCUCUGGCUGGGUCCCCGAUAUUAACAGAUAUUAACAGUUGAUGGGCAUGAAGGGCAUCUAGCUUCUUCAGCCAGUAGGUGUGAGCCAUGUCAGGCCCUGUUGCUGUCCAGUUUUUCAUUCUUGGCACUCUUUGCCAAUCUUUGCCAUAAUAGUGUUGCCAGGCUACAGACUCAACACCCUGGGGCACUAAUAAUAAUAUCAGGAGACCUCAACCAUGUCACCCUCUCUUCUCACCUGACUGAAUUUACACAGUUUGUGAACUUUCCUACCAGAGAAAAACAAAACCCAGGAUCUGCUGUAUGCCAAAGUCAAAGAAGCCUACAGAGCCACUGCCUUACCACCACUGGGCAAGUCAGAUCAUAACUUGGUCUAUCUGCGAACCUGUUACAGACCUUGUGUACUGAGGCAGCCUGUGACCAAAGUCAAAAUCAGAAGAUGGACACCUCAAGCCAGUGAAGCUCUAAAGGACUGUUUUAAAUGAACAGACUGGAAUGUGCUGCUGGAAACAGUGGAAGACAGUAUGAACAUUGACAAACGGGUUGACUGCUUUACUGAAUAUAUCAACUUCUGUAGAGACACAGUUAUACCGAUAAAGACUGUUUGCUGUUUCCCCAACUACAAACCCUGGAUCACAAGCAAUCCUUAACCAGAAAAAGAGAGCUUUUGAAGAUGGCGACUAAGAACGACUCAAACAAGUGCAAAAAGAGUUGAAGAGGAGACUGAGGAUGGCAAAGCUGAAGUGUGGAGAGGAAUCAGUACCAUCCGUGGACACAGCAAUAAAAAAAAAAGACAGCCAGUGGUUGGUGAUGUGGAAAGAGCUGAUGAACUCAACCUGUUCUUCAACAGAUUUGACACUGUUGUCACACCCACUUCCACUGUACUCCACUUUCCUCUCCACAACAAAUCUCUACUACAACUUCUUCCCUUCCUCAUCUAUCUCAUUCAAAUGUCUCAACCACUUCAACUGCCUCCCUCCUAGUACAGCAGUCCUUGUCUAUUACAGAAACAGGUGUUAGGAUGGAGCUUGGAAGACUUUGCCGUGGAAGGCAGCUGAUUCAGAUGGUGUGUGUCCAAGGCUGCUUAGAAACUGUGCUGCAGAACUGUGUCAACCUCUCCACAGGAUCUUCAACCUAAGUCUACAGCUGGGGCAGGUACCUGCUCUGUGGAAAACAUCCUGGAUUGUGCAAGAACAAAAAACAAAAUGUCCUGCUGAACUCAAUCACUACAAACCAGUGGCCCUCACUUCACACACGUGAAGGUCCACCUUGAUUUUCCACCUAUUGUCCCGACUGGGAUUGGAACCCCGAUCGCCUGCAUCCUAGUCAGUGUUACAUAUAUAUAUGUAUGUAUGUAUAUAUAUAUGUGUAUAUAUAUAUAUAUGUAUAUGUACAUAUAUAUAUACAUAUAUAUGUAUAUACAUAUAUAUGUAUAUGUACAUAUAUAUAUAUAUAUAUAUACAUAUAUAUGUAUAUAUAUAUAUAUAUGUAUAUGUACAUAUAUAUAUACAUAUAUAUAUGUAUAUGUACAUAUAUAUAUAUGGGUCAAUGACGUAUAAGGUUUUUCAACAUGCCAAUUUUAAAAUACCAAAAUGUGUCAACAGUUCAAACACUAAGGAUGUUUUGUAUUCAAAAACUAAAGUUUAAUUUUUAAAUUAGGCAAUUUUAGUGUUUUUUUAUACAGAUGAAUUGCCUGUGGCCUUAAAAAAUGUCAUGUGGUGCGACCAUCAUUUAUCUCAAAAUUAUUACAUUUUUUCAACAUACUCCAUAGUUUUUUACAAAUUGUCGGUAAAAUCAAGUACAUAGGAACAGAGUGUUUGCAUUUUAUUUGAGUUUUUGUAAAUAAUUAUCUCAUAUAUUAGCUCUAUAAUGUCACAGACGCUAUAUCAAAUGUAGUUCACUGACUAUUUUUUUCUUUAAACUGCAUAAUACUGAUAAAAAUGUUUUGAAACUACCUUUCAUGUAAGCAUAUUGUAUCAGGUUUUAAUGUCUCAGUUACAGAAAUGAGAUAUUUUAGUUUGUAUUUGAUAUAAUUAAUGUUAUUAUUGGUCGCAAUUGGUGGUCACGCCAAAUGACCUGAAGACCUUGUAUCAUUAAAAAUCUAUUUAAAGAGACCAAUGAACAAUUAAUUUCAUGCAAAUUUUAUAUUAAAACCAAAUUUUAUUAACAUUUCAAACAUGAACACGAACAUUUUAUUUCCCUUUUUUACAAAAAUUUAACUCUGUGUGUGUUUGUGUAUGUGGUCCAGAGACCUGCACUUUGAAGCUGGAUUAAAACACCCAGGAUAACUCUGCCACAACUCGCUCAACUUCACCAGAUCUCCGUAAUCCCGAUCAGCUGUACUACGAGGCAGGAUAUCAACUCGCUAACUAAAUUCAGUUGUGGUCAGUCUAGAUCUGUGCGCGCACACGUAAAGGGGGUGGGGUCAGUGCCACCGGACCAAUCUCCACAAUGGAGAAGGCUGCAGGUCAUAUAUCACAGCCGAGGAACAGAGCAUUAUUUACGCUAAUACGAGGAGUACCGCAACAUUAUAUCAGUGAGGAGCAGGACAGCUGCAGCCGCUAAAAGCCGGAGAGACUGCUGGCAAAAAAAAUCAUUGAUCAUGUAAAUUUCAUUUGUGCGUUCAUAAAUUUAUGGCCCCCUAAUAUGUUGUCAUGCAGCGUGUGUGAUAACCUCCAUCAUUGACCUCAUUAUUUCAGAUACAACAGCAGUGGGGAAAAGAGUAUGUGGGAGCAAAUAAAAAUAAAUCUAAAAACAUCCGUCAAAGUGGUUAGCUGGUUUACUGGAAGAUUUUAUUUGUACAUAUUUCUACGCGUAAACAGCGAUUUCCUCACACUGCCUUUUUUUCUUUCUUCAUCAUCUGAUGGUCACAUGUCAUCUGCAGACACAUUUGGGGUUAAGAGGAGUUUUCUAAUCUGCUUCCAUAAAUUCUGAAUGAUGAUUGAUAUGCCGCAUGAAACUUGAACUUGGAAAAUAUUAGUGUAUUGCUUCGACUUCAUGUUACCUGACUAUUGAGACCGUCCUAGGAAAACCUGUAACGUUCAUAGAGAACAUCAUCAGAUAAAUCAAACGGAUUUGAACGAUCAUGAAUAUAACGCCCUCGGCGAAGCGCUCCUCUCACCAUCUGCGCAGCGAUGUCAACAAUCUUGGCCCAAUCUUUGACCAGCCCUGGCAUGAACAACAUGCUGCAGGGUCAGAGUUGACACACUGCCUAUAGCAAGCGCUUUUAACUUUGCUCCGCAGUGGCAACUGGUAAAAUAAUUAAAAUGACUUAAAUUGAUACAUGAAAGUUAAUAAAUUGCUAACAACAGCAUAAAUACCUUAAGUGAAAUGGCAUGCUUUUAAUAUUUUUUUUUCUUAUUUUGUACAGAGAUGACCUAACCAUUAUUUCAGAAAUGUUAGCAAAAUGACUCAUCAAAUUAAAAAAAAAUUUCAAAAUAAUACUAAAAAUUAAGUACUUGGUGUUUAUCAAUCAUCAAUUGAAUAUAAAAAGCGUAAAUACUGCCAACCUAGGGCAUAUAUUUAUGAUGGAAAACAAUCUGCAGUGGUCGCACCACAUGAUAAUUGGUCGCACUGCAUGACAUUUCAAAUUCAGUCAAAUCUUACUGAUACAGGAUUAGUGACAUAAACAAACCUCACUAGAGACCCACAAAAGGUCAUUAUGAAAUUUAUAAUUAAAAUACUUAUUUGUGGAAAUAACUUAAUUUUUUUUUUUUUUUAGGUCAUACCACGACAUCGAAAAGUGCAAACACCAUUACAGCAGUUGAAAAGGUCUUUUUUUUUUAAAGAAAUGAGAGAGCCACCAACCCUCUUUCUGCUUCCAUAGCUCUACGACAAAAUGGUGAAUGAUCCAACAUCCUGUCCUUGAGUAAAUUUUAGCAUAAAAGUGUCAAAAAUGGUCAUUUUUUGAUGGUCACACCACAUGAUAUUUAAUGAAAUGGACACGAUCGGACAAAAUUCGUUUGAAUAUUAUGAAAAUAAUAUAACUGCAAAAGCUUUGCAAUUUUGUACAGGAAUAAAAAACACUUUCAAAAUUAUGCCGAAUAUUGCAGAAACUAAAUUGUAAUAGAUUUAGAGUAAUUUCAAAGAAGUUUUCAAAACAGAAGUCAUGGCCGGACGGUUGCACCACAUGAUAUUUUGACCCUUUGAAGUUCAGAAAAAUUACCAAAAACUCUUGAUUUUUGAAAAGUUGAAGUGGCUCCAUAUAUUAGAGAGAUACUACACAUAGAUAGUAUAUUUUUUUACAUUUAAAACUCUUUGUAACAUAAAGAAAAUACAGCCGGACAGAAUAUUGAGGCGUCACGUCAUUGACCCAUAUAUAUAUAUAUAUAUAUAUAUAUAUAUAUAUAUAUAUAUAUAUAUGUGUGUGGGUGUGUAUGUAUAUAUAUAUAAAUAUGUGUGUGUGUGUGUGUAUGUAUAUAUAUAUGUGUGUGUGUGUGUAUGUAUAUAUAUAUGUGUGUGUGUGUGUGUAUAUAUAUAUAUAUUUAUAUGUGUGUGUAUAUAUAUAUAUAUAUGUGUGUGUGUGUGUGUGUAUAUAUGUGUGUGUGUGUGUGUGUGUGUAUAUAUGUGUGUGUGUGUGUGUGUGUAUAUGUGUGUGUGUGUGUGUGUGUGUAUAUAUAUGUGUGUGUGUGUGUGUGUGUGUGUAUAUAUGUGUGUGUGUGUGUGUGUGUGUAUAUAUGUGUGUGUGUGUGUGUGUGUGUGUAUAUAUGUGUGUGUGUGUGUGUGUGUGUGUAUAUAUAUGUGUGUGUGUGUGUGUAUAUAUAUAUAUGUGUGUGUGUGUGUGUGUGUAUAUAUAUAUGUGUGUGUGUGUGUGUGUGUGUGUAUAUAUAUAUGUGUGUGUGUGUGUGUGUGUAUAUAUAUAUAUGUGUGUGUGUGUGUGUGUGUGUGUAUAUAUAUGUGUGUGUGUGUGUGUGUAUAUAUGUGUGUGUGUGUGUGUGUGUGUGUGUGUGUGUGUGUGUGUGUGUGUGUGUGUGUGUGUGUAUAUAUAUAUGUGUGUGUGUGUGUGUGUGUAUAUAUAUAUAUAUGUGUGUGUGUGUGUGUGUAUAUAUAUAUGUGUGUUUGUAUAUGUAUAUAUAUGUGUUUUUGUGUAUAUGUGUGUGUGUGUAUAUAUAUACACUCACCGGCCACUUUAUUAGGUACACCUGUCCAACUGCUCGUUAACACUUUCUAAUUCUCCUCUGACCUCUGGCAUCAACAAGGCAUUUCCGCCCACAGAACUGCCGCUCACUGGAUAUUUUUUCUUUUUCGGACCAUUCUCUGUAAACCCUAGAGAUGGUUGUGCGUGAAAAUCCCAGUAGAUCAGCAGUUUCUGAAAUACUCAGACCAGCCCUUCUGGCACCAACAACCAUGCCACGUUCAAAGUCACUCAAAUCACCUUUCUUCCCCUUACUGAUGCUCGGUUUGAACUGCAGGAGAUUGUCUUGACCAUGUCUACAUGCCUAAAUGCACUAAGUUGCCGCCAUGUGAUUGGCUGAUUAGAAAUUAAGUGUUAACGAGCAGUUGGACAGGUGUACCUAAUAAAGUGGCCGGUGAGUGUAUAUAUGUAUAUGUUUAUGUAUAUAUAUGUAAAUAUAUAUGUGUACAUACAGUCGAGGUCAGAAGUUUACAUACACUAGAGCAAAAACUAUUCAAGACAGCUUUAACCCAACUUCCCACCCAAUUUGAAUGAAGACAUAUAUGUGGUUAUUCAAUAAUAGUAUCUUCAUUAUUCUGCCAAUGGGGCAGGUCAGAAUUUUUUACCUAAGAUAGAUUUUUAGUUGAUUUCCCCAGAUGACCUCAGAUUCUUGUGGUUCAUAAGUUUACAUACACCCACUUGUCUGGCCUAUUUAAGAGCAAAUUAGUUGAAAUCAGGUUGUGAAAUGGAAUUAAUGGAAUCAUCCCUUUAGUCUGGUGUUCAUUCAUGUUGUGUUAAAACCAAGGUGUAGAAAUUAUGGGGUAUAAAAGGAGCUUCACUUUACACACUCUGCAUUUCGACUUGAGACUUGCAAUGGGAAAGUCAAAAGAAUACAGCAAUGACAUCAGGGAGCGAAUUGUUGCCUUGCAUAGGUCAGGCUCAUCUCUUGGGACCAUUUCAAGGCAGCUUGAUGUACCAAGGGCAUCUGUUCAGACAAUUGUCCACAAAUACAAGCACCUUGGAAGAACAGCCGUAAUGCCACGGUCUGGAAGGAAACGGAAAUUAACAUCCAGAGAUGAAAAGCUUUUGGUCAGAAAGGUGAAAAUUAACCCCAAGAUCACCAAGAAAGCCAUCUGCAAUGAAUUGGCUGCCUCAGGAGCAAAUGUCUCAGUGUCCACGGUCAAGAGAGUUCUCCAUCGACAUGGGCUGAGAGGGUACCGGGCCAGAAAGAAGCCAUUACUCAACGAGAGACACAGAAAAGCUCGGCUGAAGUUUGCGAAAGAGCACCAGGGUAAGGAUAAAGCCUUCUGGAAGAGUGUCAUCUGGUCAGAUGAGACGAAAAUUGAACUGUUUGGGCAUAAUGACCAGCAAUACGUUUUCCGGCGAAAGGGUGAAGCCUUCAAUCCCAACAAUACCAUCCCAACGGUCAAGCAUAGUGGAGGAAGUCUCAUGUUGUGGGGUUGCUUUGCAGCAUCAGGAACUGGUGAACUCCAGAAGAUCAAUGGAAUCAUGAGAAAAGAGCAAUACUUGGAAAUAUUGCAAGGACACCUCAAGAAGUCAGCCAAAUCUCUGCAGCUUGGUCGAAAUUGGAUCUUUCAACAAGAUAAUGAUCCGAAACAUACUGCAAAAUUAGUUUCAAAAUGGUUUCAGCAGAACAAGGUGAAAGUACUGGAGUGGCCUUCACAAAGCCCUGAUCUCAAUCCUAUCGAGAAUAUCUGGAGUGAACUGAAGAAACGAGUCCGUGAGAGAAGACCAACAAAUCUGACUGAGUUGUACCAAAUCUGCCAGGAAGAGUGGUCAAAAAUUCCCCAGGAUUACUGUGAGAAGCUCAUUGAUGGCUAUCCAAAGCGACUUGCUGAAGUUAUAAAACUUAAUGGAAAUGCUACCAAGUACUAAGCCCUGAAGACAAAGGUGUAUGUAAACUUAUGACCCAAUAAAAAAGCAGUGUUCUGCAAAGAAAUAUCAAUAAAUCUUGAAUUAUGAGGAAUUUUUGCCUUUUCUUUUUAUUUCCCAAAAGCAUUAAUCCUAGGGCUUCCUGGAUGCUAGAUUAUUUAUGAUUCAAGUUGGUAACUUGAAUUUAGCAUGAGAUUUAGUGUAGGAACAUGCACUGUAUGUAAACUUCUGACCACGACUGUAUAUAUAUAAAACAGUAUAUACAGUAUCUAUGAAAAUGGCACAAUUGUUGCCUGAUCAAACAUUUUUCAACACACUGUUUUGUUGAUGAAACCAGUCCUCUUUCCCUCUGGGGAAGUGACGCAAUUGUCUCACAUAUCUAUAGAUAAAAAUACAUAACUGAGCCAAUAGUAAUAGCUCUUCAGAAACACACUCCCAAAUAAACGUUUGAUACUUCCAAAUGAUAAAUGUCCUCACGGACUUGAAAAAAGAAUGUAUUGCCUUUCUUUUGGGUGCUAGAAGUAUCAUCCUGUAAACCAUUUAGUUACAUGCAGGAAUCCUGAAAUAAAGUUAUGAAAUGCACAAGCCACCCACUUGAAAAGAUUAAUAGUGGUCAAACAAGAAAGAGGAAGAAACUGUAUUCAGUCUUCUUAAAGACUAAUAAAGACUAAGAAGUGUUUUUCUUUUGCUGUGCUGAUUUUCAUGCUGUCUGACUUAUUGAUUCAGUUACUGAUUGAUUUCGCUUUAUUGUGUUUAUGUUGUAAUCCAGGUAUGCUGAUACGUCAAGUUGUGAACAUUUCAUUGGGUGUUUUGAUUGGAUUUCUGAGCGUUCCUGUGGUAAUGAACCUGUUGAGUUCCAGGCAGGUGAUGAACACCUCUUUUGACCCACUGCGCAUCGUAAACACAUAUGGUGCCUUUGGAAGGUAAAGCGCAUUCAGAACUGUUAGACAUUUUGAAUUUGAAUUACAGAGUUAAGUCCAGAAUGUGAACACAUGAAUUAGUAGAAUUAUACACUUUUCUGCCACCUUUACAUCAUUUUCUAUGCCUAUUGAUUAAAUACAUGUGCUGAUUAGAGCUUUUGCAGGUCACAUUUUGUAUAUGUACAACCCCAUUUCCAGUCAAGUGGGGUAAUUGUGUACAAUGUGUAUUAAACAAUUUAUUCAAAAUGAGUGAACAUUUACAAGAAAAAAAAAGAAGGAAAAAAACCCCAUCAAGUUUAUCAAUUAGAACACUAAGGGCUCUAAAUUUGUGCUCCGCCGUUGGCAUGGCGCAGGCACAGAGCAAGUCAUGUCUGUCGAACCAAUGGGGCAUGUAAAAGCACACUUUGCUAAAUUGGUGAGCCACACAGCCCUGCAUAACUACACCCUCGUCUAUCUCAGCCCCUCCCAGCAGCACAAGUAGAAAAGAGGGAAGGGAGAAGGUAUGGAGUGGAUUUACAGCAGCCAAGUCAAAUUUUUUACCAAUCACAUCAGCUCCUCUCCACACCUUUAAAUGCGCCAUGGGUGAGGUGUAUUGCAAAAUUUGUGAAGUUGUCCACAAGAUGGCUGAGGACAGCAACACCAGACAUUGACAACCGAAGGUGGCCUUCAAUAAGUGCUGUGUUAAACAACACUUAUUGCACUGCAAGAGUUUGGCACUGCUUCACUGGAGUUGGUGUUGUACAUGUCUGCAUUAGUAAGUCAGUUUUCUUCAGCUAUGCAUUAUCUUUUGGAGGUAUAUAUUCCAUUUCUGUUUGUUUCAACUGUGCCUGAAUGAAUGUUUUUAGCAUAACCAAAGAGCGUACCGAGGUGAUUUUCCAAGGCACUCAGAGCCUUGAUCCAAAGGACCCUGAGGCACUUUGGGAAGAGUACCAUUUUCUGUGUAAACCAGGGGAUGUUUACAGACGACCAUGCCUCAUAUCUCCAUACCACUACCGACUGGACUGGCUCAUGUGGUUUGCUGCGUUUCAGGUGAAAUUAUAAACAACAGUGGCUGAGUCAAUUUUAUUUGGAUUGUGCUGCAUCAUCAGGGAUAGCACAGGGCGCAUCCCCUGUCUCAGACCAAACAUCUUUAUUACCUUGAGCAAGUGUUUGGCCACAGUGGGAAAUGUUUUCUGAAAUUCUUUUGAAUUUUAGACACAUUUCAUAACAGUAGAUGUAUCAACUAAUAUCUCUCCUCUGCAUGUAAAACAACACCAACACUAGUGAUUAUCACAUAGAGUUUAGAAUUAUAGAACUGUUAAAAUUAUCAAGGCUAUGCCUGAGCCAUUCAAAUCUAAAAUCUACACUGAUGUCAUUGAAGGGGAGUCAGAGUUGUGCAAGCAAUACUUUUAUUGCUUGCACUUAGUUUUUCCACUUCAACAUAGACUUAUCUCUUCCUUGACAAAAUUAGCUCCUUAAACUCACUCUUCUUAUCCAGCUCCAAAUAUGAAUGUAGUUAUGGACAGUUAACUGUGAACUGGUAGCACUCCCACCAAGUUAGUUCUGCCAUUUGUAGUACACUUCCAACAGGCUGUCAGUUACUGUUUGUCUGCCAGGGAGACUUGUGCCGAGCCCUCCUCUCAUAACAUUCUUUUUUUUCCAUGCUUGUUUCUCUCUGCCUCUGUUAACCCUCCACAUUUAUUUCUUAAUGUUUCUACACAGACCUAUGAACAGAAUGAAUGGGUUAUCCACAUAGCAGGACGUCUGCUGUCCAAUGACAGCACAAUCCUCUCCAUGCUUGGCCACAACCCUUUCCAAGACAGAGAACCUCCCAGGUAAAGAAAGACAGCAAACAGUUAGCAAAGAUUAGAGCGAUUAUUAAUACAAAGUGAUCAAUGUGCACUGUGUGCAUGAUGAGUGUACUUGUUCUUCUAUGUUUGCUGUGCUGAUUCUUUGCUGCUGUAACACUGCAGAUUUUCCGGCCGUGGGAUGAAUAAAAGUUUAACUUAUAUGAACAGUUCCAAGACCAUGACAGAGAGGAGGGAAGUGCGUCAAGCCUGCCGGGUUUAGGCUUUUAGACACUAGGUACUUGUAAUUAGAAUCUUCUGUCCUUUGUCCUCAGGUGGGUUCGUGGAGAACAUUACAGGUACAAGUUCAGCCAGCCAGGCAGCACAAGUGCAGUACAAGGAAAGUGGUGGCUGAGAAAGCGCAUUGGUGCUUACUUCCCUCCAGUUGACCUCGAAGGACUGAGAGGCUACUUCCAAUCCAGGAACUGGCCCCAUCCACAUAUACCACCAAACAGGGGCAAAAGGUCUUAG